ACGGUGACGGACACUCUGCCGAAAACGGCCGAUCGCAGCUAACGACAAAUGGUGGAUAACGGAAGCUCCGUCGCGGAAGACACAACACGAUCGGGAAAGCGGGGGCGGCCUGAAGUAUUCGAAUCUGCCGACCGUGGCCGCUUUCCCACCACGGUCGAAGGGCGGCAACGCAAGGCAGCCCCUUUCCGACGUCGCGAAGGACGGCAGGCCGCCGAAGGGACCGUUGGCGGAGUAUUCCAUGACGCCGACCGUUGCCAACCGAAGAUGUCCAUCCACGGGCCGCGAGGAACAGCGAUGGACCAGCCGCGUCGAAAAUUGUCGUCGAGAGAGCUGCCGUCGACGCUCCGAUUCUUCCGGACGCUCGACCUCCAAGGGUUCGUUUUGUUCCCCGAGGAUAGGUGGAACGAUGAUUUCCUCGGGGAUUUUACUCGCCCUAGGAGUGCAUGGGACGAGGACAUGGCCCUUGCGCAGGAGGCCAUUGCAAGGGAUUUGAGGGCAGCAGAGAGAGCAAGACAAAAAGAGCAGGAGAAGAGGGCUGCUGUAAAGAAGGAGCUUGUUGAAGCCUGGCAGACAGAGAUCCAAGCUACGGAGGAGAUGAAGCAGAAAAUGCGACAGGCACAGAAUUGUGCCCUUAGUGAAGAAGCCCGUAAACAGUAUGAGGCCAGGAUCCUUGCUUUGAGGGAGCAAAGAAUCCAAAGGCAGCAAGAAUUGGCUGAAGACUUGAAAAACCAAAUGCAAGAAGCUGACAAUCGCAAGAAAGCUGAAAAAGAGGUAAAGGAUGGGCUUAGCUUCCAGGCCAUGACUUUUCUGAUUUAAAGACAGAAUUGCGUCAGAGAGGGUUCCCGGAUGCUAUUUUCGAUAAAGCCCUUACCAAUUU